AUGAGUUAUGGUUACUUAUCGGGCAAGUCAAAACCCACUAGUAAUGAUGAUGAGGAAAGGUUCUCAAUUGAUGCACACAUAAAGUCCUGGUUUUACAGUACAUGUGAUCCUAGUCUUCUCCAAAUUAUUUGUAGUGAUGAUUGUUCUGCUAAAGAUCUUUGGGAUAAACUUCACGAAUUUUUUCGCAACAAUAAGAUGUUCGAAAUGUUACAGCUUCAAGAUCAGUUUCGUAAUACAAAGAAAGGCUCCAACUUCAUCACUGAAUUCUGCCACACUCUCAAGAACCUUGCAGAUGAUCUUAAGGAUGUUGACUCGCCCAUCACCGAUAUUGAACUUGUGAUGCAAAACCUUUGCCAAUUCCCUCCCUCGUACCACAACAUCGUUGAUGUCAUCACAAACACCAAGUCGUUCCCAUCGUUUUUUGAAGCCAAAAACAUGUUGCUCAUACAUGAGUCUCGUGAAGCUUCAUCUAAUUCACUUCUUGACUCCAAUGUGACUCAAAACUCGGCACUUUUCUCAUCCUCCAACAAUUCUGGAAGAUCCAAAAAACGUUGGUCAAAAAAUCGGAACACACAACGGAACUCCACUAAACCUAGAUCUCAUGUUGGACAAACUGAUUUGCAAUGGAAUUUUGUUGGAUUUUUGGGACAUGCUCCAAUUCCUGCUUAUGGUCCCGGACCAACAGCCUCCAUGCAAUAG